AUGAGGCCUUCUGCAGCACGCCUGCUGAACAUCUUGGUGCCCAUAAAACGGCAUUGGUGCAGGACAGUCGACUAUGCGGUCAAGAUUCGUGUCAACCCUGACCAGAAGGGCAUUGACCUUAGUGUAAAACACUCUAUGAACCCGUUCGACGAGAUCGCGGUGGAGGAAGCUGUGCGUCUCCGUGAACGCCUCAAAGACACCGUCAAGUCUAUCAAGGUCGUCACCAUCGGCCCGCCCAAGGCGUCUGAGACGCUGCGCACGGCGCUCGCGAUGGGUGCGGACGCGGGCAUCCAUGUCGAGGUGCCCGAGAGCGCACCAGCGCCGGAGCCGCUCGGCGUAGCGAAAGCGCUGCGCGCGGUCAUCCAGCGCGAGAAGGAAGGCGUAGACCUGGUGAUUAUGGGCAAGCAAGCGAUCGACGACGACGCAGGGCAGACGGGACAGAUACUCGCCGGGCUGAUGGACUGGGCGCAAGCGACGUUUGCGAGCAAGGUCGAGGUGGACGUGGGGAAGAAGCAGGCGAAUGUGACACGAGAGAUUGACGGAGGGCUGCAGGAGUUGCAGUGCCGGUUGCCUUUGAUUGUGACGACGGAUCUCCGUUGUCGUCGUUUACUGAUGUGGUGCACAGAACCUCGCUAUGCGUCACUGCCAAACAUCAUGAAGGCCAAGAAGAAGCCCAUUGAGAAGCUGACACCAGCAGAUCUCCAAGUGGACCUCACACCCCGUCUGGAGACCAUCAAGGUGGCAGAACCGCCAAAACGGCUGGGUGGUGGCAAGGUCGAGAACGUCGACCAGUUGAUAGCCAAGCUAAAGGAGGCCGGAAUCACGGCGGUUGCUCCGUAA